AUGUCGCUCUCCGGCGCCGUGUGCAGCGUCAUGCUGUACAGCAACCUGGCGUGGUCCGUCGACAACCAGGUCACGCUCGAGUUCUCCACCCCCCACGGCGUCGCCCCGAACGGCGUGCUGCUGUGCGCCACCGCGACGGGCCACAGGUUCGACCGCUCGUCGUUCACGGUGAACGCGCUCGAGGAGGGCGGCUCGCAGUUCGUGUCCGGCAACGCGCAGACGGUGACCAGCAGCGCGGCCACCGACCUGCGCGCCUUUGGUGGCGCGACCUCAUGGAACCAUCGCGCCGUGGAGACGGGCGUCGCCGCUGACGUCCUCGGCACCGACGCCUACUACGCCUCCACCUACAUGAGGCGACGAUACGACACCCUCGCCGUGGAUUCCACCGGCGCCAGCCUCGCCGGCGUGUUCCAGGACCCGGUGUGGUCCACGACGGAUGCGACGCGCAAGAACGACACCGAUUUUUACAUCGCCAAGCUCUCCGACGCGACGCUCACCGACACCGAGCGGCAGACGCACGCGGCGACGCUCGCGGAGCUAAACCGGCCGACGGGCAACUGCGCGUUGCUCUCCGGCAGCUGGGCCAAGGACACGAGGUACGAGCUCAAGUUCACGGCGCCCAACCCGGCUCAAUCCACGGGCGCGACGGAGCUCGGAUGGUGGAUGGCGCCGGUGACGUACGCAAAAACGUCCUCCACCGCACCCGCGGGCGCCGGGGGCAUGGAACCGUCGAACCGGGUGCUUUACACCGUGCGCGGGGAUAAGAAUGGCGUCGUGUGCGGUGCACGCGCCACGGUCAAAAACGUCCUCCACGACGCGUGCGCCGCGCUCGCCCUCUCCGGCGCGAACGCUUCGGUGGCCGCCGCAUCCGUUCCAGCCGCGUGCGCCGACUCGCUCCGGUGGACGUCGAGGGCGGAGGCGACGAACGGGCUGGGGUGCGGCGCGAGCGCGCAGGCGGCGUGCGGCGCGUGCGCGGCGAACGCGGUGGCGUCGUACAGGUACUCUGGGCACUGCGUGAGCUGCGAGAACGGCGCGGCGGCGACAGUCUCGGACGGCGGCGUCAACAGGAACUCGUGCGCCUGCGCCGCGGGCAGGACCACGCUCAAGGCUGGCGGCAGCGCGUGCGGUCCCAAGAUGGGACCCGCGGGAACGUCCACGUCGGCGGCGGCGCUCGCGGCUGAGCUGUGCGCGUCUUUCACCGGGGUCAAGACUGGUUUGUCCGGCGGUCCCUCGGCGGGGAAGACGACGGGCGUGGGCGGGGGCGUCGCGGCGGGUGCGCACGCGAUCGCCACCGCGCACGUGGACGCGUUCCUAGCCGCGGCGGGCUCGCUGGUGGACGCGGCGGACGUCGCGGCUGCGAACGUCACCUACCGCUCGACGCUCAUGUUUGACGAGCGAGCGCCGGAUGACCCGACUCGGAGACGCGGUCUCGCGGGUCGGUGCGCCGAGUGCGGGGCGGACGGGACGUUCGUGGACAACUACGGGCGCGUCGGGUCGGUCAAGGAUGUCCAAUUCGACGCGGUGCACGCGCUGAGGCUGAUCGGGUACGUGCUGCACCUGAAGGGGUACGACUGCGACGCGCUCUACAACCCGGAUGAUAAGUUUGUCGGGAUAUACGGCGCCUACGAGGCGGCGCCGGUGUGUGGCGUGGCGACGCCCGCGUGA